AUGAACCUCUGUGUGAUUCUCAUCAUUUCAGUGAUUCUGCCGGCAAACACUCACACUACAUUUGAUUCGUAUUUUUUUUUCCAGCUCUCAUGCAGUGACUCUGUUAAUGAAACUGAAUGGUUACUCAGUCUGGAUCAGAAUGAAAUGACCUUUGAAGAUUACAAGGUCAUGCAGCAAAUCAGCAGACUGCCUCCGUUCACAGACCCGAUUGAGAUUCCGGAUUUACAUACGCUUGCCAUUGACAACAGAGAAGCAUGCCUUCGAUACAUUAAAAAUAUGAGUCUGGUGGCUGGGAAUCCACCUGAACCCAGAGAUCCUCCAGAGAUCGUCAUCUACCCAAAACAUGAUGUGGUGCCACGAGUCGAAAAAAAUUUCAUCUGCUUCAUAGCGAAUUUCUAUCCUCCUCACAUGAACAUUAACUGGACGAGGAAUGGUGUGUCCGUGACAGAGGGCGUGUACAUCAGCCAGUUCUCACUGAACAGUGACGGAAGCUUUAAUGUAUUCUCCACACUGACGAGUUCUCUGAAUGAAGGAGAUGAAUACAGCUGUACGGUGGAGCAUGAAGCUCUGGACUCCCCUCAGACCAGAACCUGGGAUGUUUCAGCAGAAACUCCACCUGUAACUCAGAGUGAAAUGCCCACAGUGGUGUUUGCAGUAGGAAUUGUAGUUGGAUUUGUGGGAUUUUCCACGGUAAUGUACUUUGUCAUUAAAGGAUCACUACAGCAUCGUUACCGUUAUAGCGCUGUCACCCCAUGA